AUGGUUUCAAACACUCAUGUGGAUGAUCAGAUUGUGGUGUUUAAAGAGGCUUCACCGGUAUCUUCACCUAAGAACACACAUGUCUCAAACAAAUCUGAUCUUAUAGAAGCAUCUUCCUCAAACAAAUCUGCUUUAUCAAAGAAUGAGGAACAAAUGAAAUCCUUUGUGCAGCCUGGUGCCGAUAUUGUUGAAAACAAAGAAGAUGAAGCGGAAAAUAUUAUGAUGAAUAUUUGCGAUACGUGUGGUGAUCUAGGAUGGAAUAAGUAUCUCGCCAUAUGUGCAACUUGCGAAGUUGGUGCUGAGCAUAUUUACUGCAUGGCGGUAAAACUCAAGAAAAAACCCGAAAAAUGGGAGUGCUAUGACUGCAUUGAAGACAAAGAUCAAAUGGAGAAAAAUGAAGAAGCUGGCUCCAGAAAAAGGAAAGCAAAAUCCUUAAUUGACCCUUUUGAGAUUUCGGAAAAACCAUCAUCUCAAAGACAACCUGACUUGUUGAAGACACAAAACUACAAUGGAACCGUAGGUAUGGACUUGAACGAAGACCCUAUACCAGACUUGAACCGAGAUCCUAUCCCAGACCUUAACCUGGACCCUAUCCCAGACCUGAACCUGGACCCUGUCCCAGACUUGAACCUGGACCCUCUACCAGACCUGAACCUGGAUCCAAACCCAGGCUUCAACUUGGAUCCUAACCCAGGCUUGCACCUGUCCUUAGGUCAUGCUUCUUAUACUAGUAACUUUCAAGCUAAGAAACCAAAUGGGUUGUCUCUAACUCCUGUUCCUGGACAACAUUAUCCUGAAGAAGAAGAAGAACAUUGUGCUAAGAGACCUCGAGUCAAUACAAUACUCUUUUUCUAA